CUAAUUCGAUAGCAGUAAACAUCAUAAACAAGAAGUCACAUGAUAAAGAGGGACAUAGGGAGCUUGUGUAUUAUGUCAAUGAUGGACCGAAGGGAUCACUCCAUUGUUUUGAAUAUACCACCCCUGAUCCAUUUCUUCUCAAGGAUUACAGUGGUCCUUUGUACUCCACUUGUCUGUGGGGCCCGACAUUAUCACCUGCGGAUAAACUCGGUGAUGUUCAGCUGCCUGAGUUGAGCAUUGGGGACUGGAUCUGUUUUCAUGAUGUGGGAGCCUACUCUCUCGCUGUUACGACCAACUUCAACGGGUUCCCAAAGACAAAGUCAUACUACUACGUUACCUUGGCGAACCACUGUGUCAAUGGAGGUGCAUAUCAGUGAGACUACCACAGUUGAGCUGGGCAUUGUACCUGAUGGUGAGGCAGCUCUGAGGGAGUAUAUUAGCAAUAAAACCUCUGCUGGUUCAGGGAGAAAGGACUAUGAUGACCCAUUCCAUGUUGUUGACCUUGGCCGGGUACUGGAGCUCCAUAGAGACUGGGUGACUGCCCUGCCCACUAUCACUCCAUUCUAUGCCAUCAAGUGCAACAACGACCCAGCUCUCUUGAAGACACUCGCUGCGCUAGGGACUGGAUUCGACUGUGCAAGCAAGCCAGAGAUUAAGGCUGUGUUGGAUAUGGGGGUGUCUCCAGAUCGUAUUAUCUACGCCCAUCCCUCCAAGCAAGUGUCCCACAUCAAGUAUGCAGUCACUGAGUAUGUCGAUAAAAUAGUGUUUGACGGAGAAGAAGAAAUGUACAAAAUACAAAAACAUUUUCCAUCUGCAAAGCUUGUUCUGCGGAUCAGAGCUGAUGACCCAGAUGCUAAAUUUCCACAUGGAAUGAAGUUUGGCUGCACAGUACCUGAAGGAAGAGAUCUUUUGAGUACUGCAAAAAGCCUGGGAUUAGACGUCAUUGGUGUAUGCUUCCAUGUGGGCACUGGGUCUCAAUCCUCCAGAGCGUAUGAGUUAGCUCUGAAGAUGUCUGUUGAAUUGUUUGAGUACGGCUAUGAGAUUGGCUAUCAGUUCAGUCUGCUGGACAUUGGAGGAGGUUUCUAUGGAGACAGGGGCUCUAAAGAUGUCUUCCAGCGAGUGGCCAGUGCCAUCAACUCCAGUCUGGACUCUCUCUUCAGUUCAUUCCCAGGACUCACUGUCAUCGCUGAGCCAGGUGCUUUUUUUGCCUGUUCAACUCAUUCAAUAGCAGUAAACAUCGUAAAUAAAAAGUCACGUGAUAAAGAGGGACACAGGGAGUUUGUGUAUUAUGUCAAUGAUGUACCAAAUGGAUCACUCGACUGUUUUAGAUAUACCACCCCUGAUCCAUUUCUGUUUAAGGAUUACAGUGGUCCUUUGUACUCCACUUGUCUGUGGGGCCCGACAUUAUCACCUUUGGAUAAACUCGGUGAUGUUCAGCUGCCUGAGUUGAGCAUUGGGGACUGGAUCUGUUUUCAUGAUGUAGGAGCCUACUCUCUCGCAGUUACAACCAACUUCAACGGGUUCCCAAAGACAAAGUCAUACUACUAUACGUUACCUUGGCGAACCAGGAUAAGUUACGAGAGCUGUUAUUUUCAAAUCUCCUCUCUACCCCCUCCCAACCAACUGCUGACUGACUAUAAUCUUUGUUGUAUUGAUGGGUUCUAGCUCGUGUGAAUAUGUCAUUUAUAAUUAG